GAGCCUGCUCUCGGCUGCUAUUUUAGCCGCGCCUAAGGCACACUGGCCUCCUCCACUCGUGGCCACUCCUGCAUCAUCAUCCACGCUGCGCGACACACAGUGAGCGAGAGCUAGGUAGCUUGCUAGCUUGGCCAGAGGGCGUCGAGAAUGGAGAGGAUGCUGGUGAGGCUCAUGCGGAGGAGGUCGCUCCUCCACCAGGGAGCAGUAGCUGCAGCUCCCAUCUCGCUGGCGGGUUCGUCGUCGCUCUUCUCCACGCAGCAGCUGCAAGCGGUCGCCGCGGAUCCGGGCGUCCUGCCCGGGCUCAAGAUCAGGGACUCCGCGUCCCAGCUGAUUGGGAGGACACCGAUGGUCUACCUGAACAAGGUCACCGAGGGAUGCGGCGCCCGGAUCGCGGCCAAGCUCGAGUUCCUGCAGCCGUCCUUCAGCGUCAAAGACAGGCCAGCAAUUUCAAUGUUGGAAGAUGCUGAAAAGAAGGGGUUGAUCACACCAGGAAAGACGACACUGAUCGAGCCCACAUCUGGGAACAUGGGCAUUGGCUUGGCUUUCAUGGCUGCCCUAAAAGGGUAUGAACUCAUUCUUACAAUGCCAUCAUACACCAGUCUUGAAAGGAGGGUGACCAUGAGGGCCUUUGGUGCAAAUCUGGUCCUUACCGACCCAACAAAAGGGAUGGGUGGAACAGUGAGAAAAGCAACAGAGCUUUAUGAGAAACAUCCAAGUGCAUACAUGCUUCAACAGUUUCAGAAUCCUGCUAAUGUCAAGAUACAUUAUGAGACAACUGGUCCAGAAAUAUGGGAGGACACACUUGGACAGGUUGAUAUUUUUGUCAUGGGGAUCGGGAGUGGUGGCACUGUCACAGGUGUCGGGAAGUACCUCAAGGAGAAGAACCCAAACGCAAAGAUCUAUGGAGUUGAACCCGCUGAAGCAAAUGUUCUGAAUGGUGGAAAGCCAGGACCACACCUCAUCACUGGAAAUGGAGUAGGCUUCAAGCCAGAUAUUUUGGAUAUGGAUGUAAUGGAAAAGGUUCUUGAGGUGAAAAGUGAGGAUGCUGUUAAGAUGGCUCGAGAAUUAGCAGUUAAGGAGGGUCUUUUGGUUGGGAUAUCAUCAGGAGCAAACACUGUUGCUGCUCUUGAACUAGCAAAGAAACCGGAAAACAAAGGAAAACUCAUUGUGACUGUUCUUCCAAGCCUUGGGGAGCGGUACUUGUCAUCUGCACUGUUUGAUGAGUUGAGAAAGGAGGCUGAAGCCAUGGAACCAGUGCCAGUAGACUAAUCUAGUAUAUGGUAAAUCAAACAGAGGACUGGAUAAUCGGUGCAUAAUGAAUAUCCUAGCAACCAUGUUGCAACUUCAAGUUGUAUUUCAAUUCCUCUCAUCAAAGUUGUACCUUCAGUUUGUCAUCUGUGGACCUUGUGGGAAAAAACAAAAAUAACAAUUAAAAUGUUGAAAAAAGCAAAUUUAAUCUCUAGACA